AUGUCUCCCUCUCUCGGCCUUGAUCACACCACCCCCGGCCCCGUCCCCGAGACGAACCAAACACCCGCCGGCUUCGCCCGCACCUCCGACCUCUUCUCUCUUGGCAACAGAACAACCGUGAUCACCGGCGGCGGUCGCGGUGUCGGAAUCACCCUCGCCAGCGCCGUCGUCGAAGCCGGCGGUGACGUUGUCUGUCUUGAUCUCCUCCCGAACCCCAGCGAAAACGAAUGGAAUGCUUUACAAAAGCUUGCCACGGCUCGGGGGCUGCAGGCGACUUAUGUCAGGUGUGACAUUACGAACGAAGAGAAUACAAAGACAGUUCUGGAGAAGAUCGCAGUGGAGAGCUUACAGAGGAACAUGCCCAUGCGGGGGUUGAUCACUUGCGCCGGUAUUCAGCAGAUGGUUCCAGCUCUGGAAUAUCCGAUUGACGGGUUCCGGAAGAUGAUGGAGGUUAAUGUUAUUGGUACUUUUGUCCCCGCUAAGCACUUUGCGAACAUCUUGAAAGAGCAGAACACCCCCGGAAGCAUUGUUAUGAUUGCAUCCAUGUCCGGUGACAUUGCCAACCGAGGCCUCACAUGCACCGCCUAUAACUCAUCCAAAUCCGCUGUUCACCAAAUGUGCCGUUCUGUCGCCCAAGAAUGGGGUCAAUAUGGAAUCCGCAUCAACACCCUCUCUGCCGGAUACAUCCGCACCGCCAUGACCGACCAAUUGCUCCAGGAGAAGCCCGAAGUCGAAGAGAUCUGGAUGCGGGGUGCUCUGCUCGGCCGUCUGGGAGCUCCGGAGGACUUUAAGGCGCCGACAGUGUACAUGUUGGCUGAUGGGAGUUCGUUCAUGACGGGUGCUGAUUUGCGGGUAGAUGGUGGCCAUUGUGCUUCUGCUUAA